UGAAUAUCCAGACUUCUGGAACAGACACACAGAGAUUUAUCAGCAUUUGGAGGGGAGCUUAAGAAAAGGCCUGGGUAUAGUGAUGAAGAACUUUAAUCACACCGCAGGAGUUCACACACUGCAGCUGAUGUACGGCUGUGAGAUUGAUAAUGACGGCACCACAAGAGGACACAUGCAGUUAGGAUAUGAUGGAAAAGAUUUCCUCAAUUUUGAUGUAAAUAAUAAAACAUGGAUUUCAGCCAAAUCUCAGGAUGAGAUCAGCAAACAGACUUGUGAUUUUAUUAAUAAUGUGACCACUGAAGACUGGAAGAACUAUGUGGGCAUCGACUGUAUCAACAGGAUAAAUGAAUAUAUGUCUUAUGGCAGAGAGAUUUUGGAGAGAAAAGUUGUUCCCGAGGUGUCAGUGUUCCAGAAACACUUUCCUUCUCCAGAGGUGGUGUGUCACACUACAGGUUUCUUCCCGAAACCACUAAAUAUCACCUGGCAGAAGGACGGAGAGGACGUGCAUGAAAACGUGGAGCUCGGAGAGACGUUACAUAACCAGGAUGGAAGCUUCCAGAAGAGAAGCAUUCUGAAAGUCCCAGCUGAGGAGCUGCAGAAACACAACUACACCUGCGUGGUUCAGCACAGCAGCUUGGAGAAGGAGUUAGUGCGAGAAGUACCAAAAGGUGGAGGAUCGAUUGCUAUCAUCUCUGCUGUAGUCGCGGCUCUCGUCGCUCUCGUUGCCGUUGUUGCUGGAAUUGUGGUCUGGAAGAAGAAGAAGAACUCUGGCUGAAGGGUCAAGGCCGUACCCUACAUCCUGACGUUGGGAGAUGAUGACCAGCGCUGCUCUCAGGCAUUCGUCAUUCUGGUGGGACAGGCUCUGGAGCAAUGCACACUACUUGGGGCGGUUGAUGUGUGCUUCAAGGCAUUUUAUAUUUUUGACAUUAACUAUUUAAAGUAGUGUGCUCCUGUAUAGGACUUUUUGUAAUGUUGCUAUGAAAUAGCAAGGCCUACUUGAAAAGUCAUAGACAGUGUUUGUAUGUUAAAACGGGACCAGGGCUGGAUAGUUUUGUUCUUCAGAAAAGAUAUCUAAUGUCACAGAGAGAUCCUGCUCUGUAGAAGCUGCCUCAGCCUAUUUGUGUUAUUACUCCAUUCUGCCCUUGUGAGUAAUAGUAUAGUAAUGAUGUCGCUGUUGAUUAUCUGUUCUUGUGCUUUUGAAAAAUAAAUGUUUUUUCUAUGAACA